CCUCUUGCUGCAUCUUUGACGGUGCAAAAGGUUUUUGUUCUUGAUGAUCAUGUUGGCUGCACGUACAGCGGAAUUGGUCCUGAUUGUCGGGUGCUUGUUGAUGCUGCCCGAAAAGCGUGCCAAAAGUACCGUCUGACUUACCAUGAGCCCAUGCCGGUUAGUCAACUCGUUCGCCAAAUAAGCUCUCUGUAUCAAGAGUUCACGCAAUCUGGUGGUGUUAGACCUUUUGGCUGCUCGCUUCUUGUUGCUGGUGCCGACUCCCAGGGCAACCAUCUCUAUCAGGUGGACCCCAGUGGCACUUUUUGGGCGUGGAAGGCCACCUCGAUUGGCAAGGGAAGCACCGACGCCAAAACAUUCCUGGAGAAGCGCUACACAAAUGAAAUGGAAAUAGAGGAUGCGGUGCAUACAGCCCUCCUGACUCUGAAGGAAGGCUUUGAUGGAACGAUGACAGCAGAAAACACGCAGGUAGGACGGGUGAGUGAGGGAAAGUUUGAGCUUUUCACUGUGGACCAAUUGAAAGACUACUUGGACCAGAUUUAA